AGGACGGUGCCACCAUGGAACUUGGUGUUCUUCGCGAGAACGGUAGCAUGAAAGAUCCGAUCCUGUCUAGCCUGCCGGAGAUGAAUCUUGUGGGCAGCGCUGGAGGAGACGUUCCACUAAAGAGGCGGCGACCUCGCGAGAGAAGAGUCCCGUCCACUCCCAUUAGCAGGGCUCUAGGGUUUGCUGGUCUGGGAGCUGGGCUUGCAUGGGGUACAAUCCAAGAAUCUGCAAAGAGGAUUGUCUUUGGUAUGCCCAAAAUAGAAGGGAAGCAGUCUGCCCUUUCACCUUUUUUAUCUGAGAAAAAUGCUGAACGUUUGGCACUUGCACUGUGUAGAAUGCGAGGGGCUGCACUUAAAUUGGGCCAGAUGUUGAGCAUUCAGGAUGAAUCCCUUGUGCCAGCACCGAUAUUGGCAGCUUUGGAUAUUGUUCGUCAAGGAGCUGAUGUGAUGCCAAGGAAACAAUUGAAUGAUGUUUUGGAUGCUGAACUGAGUCUUGAUUGGUCAUCCAAACUGAGGAGCUUUGAUUAUGAACCACUUGCGGCAGCAAGCAUAGGGCAGGUCCAUCGAGCAGUUAUGAAGAGUGGUCUCAAGGUUGCAAUGAAAAUACAGUACCCUGGUGUUGCAGAUAGCAUAGAAAGUGACAUCGAGAAUGUCAGGCUAAUUUUAGACUACACAAAUCUCAUUCCUAAAGGACUUUUUCUUGAUAAUGCUAUAAAGGAGUUGCCAUCGAUAAGGUGGCAUUACUAAGUCAAAAAAUUCGGGACUAUGUGGGGAAAAAAAUUCUUGAGCUGACUCUAAAGGAAUUGUUUGUUUUCCGGUUCAUGCAGACGGAUCCCAACUGGGGCAAUUUUCUUUUUGAUGAGACUACCAAAAUGAUUAACCUCAUUGACUUUGGUGCAGCUCGUGAGUAUCCAAAGAAUUUUGUUGAUGACUAUCUACGAAUGGUCAUCGCAUGUGCAAAUAGUGAUAGAGAUGCAGUGAUAGAGAUGUCGCGGAGACUUGGCUUUCUUACAGGUGAGGAAUCGGAUGUUAUGAUGGAGGCUCAUGUCCAAGCCGGCUUUAUUGUUGGGAUGCCCUUUGCGAAAGGUGGUGGAUAUGACUUCCGUUCGAGCAACAUAACCCAAAGCAUCUCAAAUCUUGGGGCAACAAUGCUGAAGCACAGGUUGACACCUCCACCGGAGGAGGCCUACAGUCUUCACAGAAAGCUCUCUGGAGCUUUCUUGGCUUGCAUCAAGCUUGGUGCCGUGGUGCCGUGCAGGGAGAUACUUCUACAGGUCUAUCAGCAGUACCAAUUUGGUCUGUAGACAACUGCCAGUUUGACAUUCAUAUUGGCUUAUGAGUGCGUGCCAUAGCGACUAUAAUACUGGCAUGCAUAGUUAUCAGAAUUAAAUUGGAACACGAUUAGGUGAA